AUGGAGGACGAACAGCUGAUUCAGAGUGUACAGAAAGCCAGCCUACUUUACGACAAAUCGGACCCCAUGUACGGCAGUAGAGAGUCCACCCAAAAGGCUUGGACGGAAGUGGCCGCAGAUCUGAAGGAACCAAUUGAUGUGGUCAAGAAACGGUGGACGUGCUUGCGGGACUACUUCCGAAGACAGCAGAAAAAUUUUGAGACCUUGAAACCAGAAGAAUGGUCAGCGAAGAAAAAGAAAUGGCCACUGUAUGAAUCUAUGACCUUUCUCCUUCCAUACAUGGAAUUCAGUAACACAACACUAACUGCAGAUGGUGUCUUAGAAACACAUCAGAGUCUGGACUCAGGUGAUGACGUCUCUGAAGAAUCAGUUUCGGUAACAUUUGACAACCAAAUAUUAGAAAGUGCCAGAAGGCAACAAAAUAUGUUUUUGUGUCAAUCAAAAAGAAAGAGAACUGUGAAUGACUUAGAUCACCAGUUCUUCAGUGCUCCUAACGGACAGCAUCAUGAAGAAGACGAUCAUGAACAUUUUCUGAAAAGUCUGCUACCAAUGAUGAGAACUUUGGACUCACUUGCGGCCAUGGAAUUUCGACAUGAAGUUCAAGGUUUAUUGAUAAAGUACAUCAAAAAGGCUCAUGUACAGGACAUGCCAAGUCAAAGUGUUGAUACUUUACCAUGA